AUGACACUGCCUAUGAUUGGAUACCCUUACAUGUGGGAGCGUGGGAAAGGGACUGCUCGCUGGGUGGAGGAGCGCUUGGAUAGAGUGGUGGCGAAUAUUGACUGGCUGCAGGGCAAUGAUAGGGCGAGGGUCUUUAAUAUUCAAACUGACUCGUCAGAUCAUACUGCGCUGUUUCUGGAUAUAGGAGGGGUGGAUCAUGUGUUGAGGCCCCGGGGUUUCCGGUUUGAGAAUGCAUGGCUACUGGAUGGUGGUUGCAGGGAGGUGGUGGAAAGGGAGUGGUCUAAUACUCCAGGUUUGGCGUUACAGGCCAGGCUUGGUGUGUGUGGCUUGGGUUUGAGGAGGUGGGGUGGUGAUCGCCAUCAUAAGUAUGGGAAACGGGUUGAAGGUAUAAAGAAGGAGAUGAAUGGUUUACGGGGUAGUCGUGAUCCUGUUUCUUUGGCUCGGUUUAGGCAGCUUGAUGAGCAGUUGAGUGUGGUGCUAGCUCAGGAGGAGGCUUUCUAA